AGGGAAAGAAAGAUGGCGGAGAGUGGGGUGGGGUGGGCGUCGGCGUGACGUGACUCGCCGUCGCUCGGCGUUAACGCAAGACUAGGUUUACCUCAGCGACGCCGCCACCAUGAGCAAAAAGAACCAGGUUUCGUACGUGCGGCCGGCCGAGCCCGCCUUCCUGAGCCGCUUCAAGGCGCAAGUCGGCUACCGGGAGGGGCCCACGGUGGACACCAAGAGAGAACAGCUCCCAGCUGCUGCUGAUGACGAUGGAAGUGACAAAGAGGAUGAACAGCCACAGGUGAUUGUUUUGAAAAAAGGGGACCUGAGUGCCGAAGAAGUGAUGAAGAUUAAAAAGGAGGUUAAAGAGUCUCCCAAAACCACAGAUGAAGAAGCUGAAUCUGGAGAUGGAAAGAUUAUGUUUAGGAAACCUCCCAAGCGUUCAUCAGAAGAGAAAUACUCCGGUUUGACGGCCACAUCAAGUAAGAAGAGAAAAGAGACAAAGAGGAUUUCUCCAACCUCCCAAAAUACAACCAAGCAAGUAAAAAAUAGCAGCUUGCUUUCGUUUGAUGAAGACGAGAGUGAUGAUUAGGAGCAGAUUUGGAUAGACAUACAGUUUUUCCUCACAGGCAGAAAGUUGAGCUGAGCACACCAUGGAAACAGACACAGAAUGGGACUUUUAAUUUUAUUUGAAUGUACAUCUAUAGUCAUGAAAGAUCUUUGAACAAAACUAUGGAAAAAAUGAAAUCUGUACAAGUUUGAUAUUCCACAUAAUGGAAUCUUUAUUGGUGCACAUAUAAAUAUUCGGAGAGAUUUAUCUGCCAACCAUUCCCCUUACUUUAUUUCAACAAGAAUUUAGUGUCAAAAGAUGGCAUCUGUAUGUGCAUAUUUACUCAAUUACACCUGAUUACCCAAUCAGAGGAAUGUAAGGUCUGUUUACUGUGGACUAAAAAUGUAUAAUGUUGCUUUGCCAAAGCUGUCUGUCGUAUCUCAAAGGACCGAAAGAAUUGCUGGGAUUCUGAUCACACUGGGCAUAUUGAUUUCAAAAGAAGAAACCCUGCCGCAGAGUGUCCUUUAGUGGAAAAAUAUUUGGAAGUUCAGUGUGUUCUGUAACCAGGAAUGGAUUGUGUGUUGCUACAAAACAUGUAGCAGGAUUAACAAUGUAACGCUUCAUCAAGGAGUUGGUCCAAUGUUGCUGGGUGCAACAGCUGUUUUUAGUAUAGCUGAUAUUUUAAUGCCACGAUUAAAUGGCUGUGUGAAAUUAUUUUCUGUGAUUCAGUUUUUUUUACCCACUGUUCUUGAGAAAAUAAAACUGUUUAUCCCCAGCCUAUAAACUUUCUUAGCAGUAUUUUCCCCAAAUUAUAAAUGAUUAUCCUUUAAUCUAGAAUGUAGCAGAGGCUCCAAAGAUAUGGAGACUGAAAAGACCCCAAUGAAUGGAUUAUCCAGUCUCACUGAGUCUUAAGAAAGGAUAUCCUGUUUCUAAGGCAUUCAGGACAGAUGCUUACGUACAGCCCACUUCUUUCUUAUAUGACCUCACAUCAUCUCUGAUAACUAAGAGUACAAGCUAUGGUUCUGCCAUUGAGUUUCACUUCCUCCUUCCCCAUGUGUCUUAGUGACAGCAGUUAAGCAUAGCAUCCUUUCCCCUUGGAGCAGACUGUGAAGCUACUCAGCAUGUGCAAAUGACCCAUGUGGAGAGGCAACACAACGUCUUCCUCAAUUUAUUUCACUAAUCCAGAGAAGGGGACACCACCCAGUUACAGAGAUAAGGACAUUCAGCAGGCUUAUGGCGACUAUGAUAUUCAGAAAAAUAUCUAUGAAAGGCAUCUCCCCAUAUGGGAUUUGUGGGUGCAUAUAUCUGCAUGUAGUCGGCCCCACAUACCACUGGAAGUUCCUAGAUUCAUAAGAGAGGAGGGGCAGAAUUAUCGUCAUUGGUGCCUGUCUAGCCAUGACCACUGUGGCGAUACAUCAAACAACUGCAACAGCUGAAUGGCUGAUGGUAGCAACUGCCUUUACUUCCCCUCCUGAUAUCCCAGGGCUACAGCAACACAUAACAUCGCCAUGUGACACAUCCUCACACCCUUGGUAGAAUAGAGCAUGGUGAAGAGGAGACCCUCUGUGCCCAGGUGUCCUCUGGACAGAAUUAGGGACUGAUUUUUUGGAUAGUUUAUGAACCAAAGAGUAGCUCCAUCUUUCUGCAGAUCAGUUUGUGCAUUGGAAUGCAUCUCCCUGAAAUGCAGCUUUCCCAAGAUACAGUGGUACCUUGGUUUUCGAGCGUCUUGGGAGCCGAACGUUUCGGCUUUCGAUCGCCGGAAACCUGGAAGUCAUUGCUUCCGUUUUCGAACGCGUAUCGGAAGUUGAAUGCGUUUUUCAAUUUUUCCAAUUGAACUUGCAGCCAGCCCUUUGCGCUUUGGUUUUUCGAACGUUUCAAAACUUGAAUGGUCUUCCGGAAAGGAUUACAUUUGAGAACCCGAGGUACCACUGUACCACAAUUACAGAAACAGCUAAUGCAGACAAUUAAUUAAUUAAUUAAUAGUUUAUAUGAACUGCCCUUGGAUUUGGCUAAAAUGGAGCUUACAUAUACCAUACACACACUUCCUGGUUGGUUCCACUGCCAUUUCCCCUUUUCAGCAGGGUUGGAAGUAAUAAGGGUACAGUAAUAAGGGACAGUUGAUGGAGCAGAAGCUUUGGUCUGAAAGAAGGUUUGGCCUGCAGGUCGUGGUAAGAGACUGGGCCUGGAUUUGAGAGAGAUGGAAGAUGGCAUGCUGAAAGGAGGGAAGAACUUUAAGGAUGGAGGAGUUCUAUCAGAGAGGAAACAGUUUAGAUUCAGGCUGAAGAAGUGGGUGGGGUUAUUUGGAGUGGGAUGAAACUCACCCAUAACACAAAAGCACACACUGAAGUUGCUGAACUACAACUCCCACCAUCCCAGACCAUUGGCUAUACUGACUGGGGCUGAUGGUAAUUGGGUUCCAAGAACAUCCAUAGACUCCAUACCGCUAUAGUAAGCCUAAAAAGGUAUGCACAGUGUGUGGGUGGGGUAUAUGCUAGAUUGUGGACUUCCAUCUGUUGCUAAACUAAACAGAAAACUAAUGUGCACUUGCAGAGGAAGAGAAAGGGCAAUGAGAAUUCUGUGUUUCUGGGAUGUGACUGUAUCAAAUAUUGUUUAUGCUGAUCACCGUAGUGUAUAGCUGUUUGCCUGCUUAACCAAUGAAUAAAUGUACUCUCCAAGGAA